CCAUUUUAAUCUGAGCUUCUUUCUCACCGAAGUUGGCUGGCUUUUCCUCUUUAUCUCCCACCUUUUGGAUUGCCAUGCACAAAUUAUCAUUACCUUCAUUCCUCCGUCAAAACCCAAAAUACAAUCAAAAUCCUCAACGCCAACAAUGAGUUCUCGUUUGAGAAAUAAGAAACCCCCUCGACAACAAUCUGUCGAGGGCCAGUCAUCUAGGAUUUCAUCGACGCAGGCAGGACAACGAGUAAAUACGAUGCCAACGUGGUAUAUAGGUGUAGUUCCCCAAAGAAAAGGCUAUUGGAGUGCUGAAAUCUACUUUAAGGACCGUGUUAUAUCGCUUGGGAGGUUCAAGUCCGAAGUAGCCGCGGCACGAGCUUACGAUAGCGUGGCCAUAACACAGCACGGCAAUGAUUUCGCCCGUAACUUUUUAUUAACGAAUGCCACUAUUCAUGAACCCGCUUUUCAGAGCAAUUACACCAAUGAAGCCAUUGUUCAUAUGAUUAUGGAUGGCUCUUACGAACACAGGUUGAUCCAGUUUGUUUCGAAUCAACACCGUGCCUACUGUUAUAGUGACUCUAUAGCAAUGCCUACUUGCCUGGAUACCUUCCAAGGGGUCUUUUAUAAGAAAAUUUACCAUAAAGAGCUGACUUCCACUGACCUUGAGAAUCAAAACAUGUUGAUUUUACCCAAUUAUGUUUUACCCUUCUUUCCGCCAUUCAGAUCCGACAGAGCCCAAUUUUGGCUUGAGUUUAACGAUAGAAUGAAUAAGACAUGGGCGUUUCAUUAUAUUUACAUGACUCGUAUUCAGAGUUUUGUAAUUACUAUGGGUUGGAGCUUGUUUGUGAAUGAGAUGGAGCUUCGUGCUAAAGACAUAGUCGUCUUCUAUGUAUGUAGCGACCGGAGAAUAUAUCCUGAAGAAUUUUUUGAUAUGAUUGACAUCAUCCGGGGUGUUAGAAUCAGCCAGUAGCAACUGUAGGGCAGUGACGGGCAUCCAUGUCGAAGAUUGAAUGCUAAACGUUCCGCCUAUCAAGAAUCUAGCAAUAAGUUACUGCUCUUCAAAAAUUUUGGAAUCUCUUUCUAAAUUCUUAUGUUUAGAUAAAGGUUUUAAUUAUUUGAAUGAAGCUAAAUAUAUUAUUUUAUGGUGCAAUUAGUACUUGGUAAUAAGAUUUUUGAUGAUUCGUGCAGAGUGCAGACACUGACUGU